GCAGUAUACUAGGAAGUGAGUGUUCGAAUAGUCGAUAUCUCGUCGUUUCCCGCUCUCCACUUAAAAAUAGAAUUUCAAUCUAGUAAAAAUUAUUAGGAAUGGAUCGCCAAGCAAUCAUAGAAGCAUAUGAAGAUGUUAGAAGUGAUCAGACGCCUACAUCAUGGGCAUUGUUCGGUUUUGACGAUUCGGAUAAAAUCGUACUUAUAUGCUCCGGAAAUGAUAAUUCAGAGUUUUUGGAGAAGAUUGCCGAUGAUCAGCGUCAAUUUGUCUUCGUUAGAGUGACCACUGGAGAUGAAUUAUCCAAAAGAGCUAAAUUUGCUUUUAUAUCUUGGAUAGGAGAAAAUGUUGCUGCUUUAAAAAGAGCAAAGAUGACUCAGGCAAGAUCUCUUAUAAAGGAAGUGGUCAAGGUAAAUAAAUUUAAAAAAAAGCUAUUAUUAAUAAACACAUGACCAGAUACUCGUUAAUAAUAAGUUUUGUUUAUCUUAAAUAGUCUUUCUCCGCUGAAAUCUCUCCAUCUGAUAAAGAUGAGAUAACCGAAGAAAAAAUACUACAAGAAGUUAAAAGAGCUGGUGGUGCUAACUAUGGUACUGGAAUGUGAAUUUAGCGUCAUGAUUUUCCUCUGUUUUUUUGACAAUUAGAAUUGUAGUAAUACACAUUUGGCCGUAAAAUCGAUGUUAGAACUCG